AAUACGAAGCUGGUGCUUCUUCGCCGUUCUGCUCUACAGACAUGAUCGAUCCCAAUUUCGAUCUUCUUUCCGUGGGACCUGUUGGAUAAAUGCAAUUUUGGUAUUUUUAUGGCUGUCCCUUAUUUUAUAUAUUUAUGAUUAUUUGUAUGUCCUAUUUACGAUCAUGGACAUUUGUGCAAAACCAGUUUGUUACAAAAAACAAGCUGUCCAACAGCCUCUAGGAUCACAUACUGGAAACUCUUCAACAUCAAGACAUUAGAUGUGCAAUUUCAAGAUAAGUACUAUUAAUUUGUAAAUUAUCUUGGCGUAUUGGUUGUGAGGACUGAAGUCAUAAACAAAUAUUCAAGAAUAAUGAGUAGAAAAAUAUAGAGAAAUUCCGCCACCCUAUAUUGAACACCUGCAAUAAACAUCCACAAAAAAAUUUACAAUUCUGACUUAUUUGCGCAGUAUUAAAGUAGCCUAAAUCCCAGUGAAUCUACUUCAUGUGACCAAUCGAAAAUAAAUUCACACAAGAUUUUUUAAUUAAACAUCUGUAUCUGCAGAGUAGUUUUGAGAUGAAAACCGCUUUUAAAAUGCAAUAUCCGUCAGUAAUUGUAUCUAUUACAUUUGUGAUAAUUCAUUUUGAAAAAGAAAAAGGUAGAUUUUACAUUUUGAUUGUAAACUCUUGGAAUUAUCUAACCCCGCAGCCAAUAACCCAGUCACGUGAAUCAAUCGUGUCUUCCGUGAACUGAAUAACUUGUAUCAUUUUAUUACUACCUUUAUACGACUCACCGGCUCGUUCUCGCGGCAAAACACAAAUGAAAGCACAAGACUACAGAACGUCUCUAGACCCCCAGGGCCUCAGCUGGUUACGACUGACGUCACAACUUAUCUCCUCUACACCGAGUGGGACCGUUAGUCCUAUCAGUAUAUUUGAGCUCCGUGGCUAGGUAACGACGGUGAAAGGCGAUGGCUCGCCGAGCGUGUGGGCUCGUCGUGUUUCGGCGGCUGCCUCAGACCUCCCCCGCGGACAGCUUCCAGUACCUUCUCCUCCAGACCUCUUACGGCCAGCACCACUGGACCCCACCCAAAGGGCACGUGGACCCCGGGGAGGAUGACAUCACCACGGCGCUGCGCGAGACGCGGGAGGAGGCGGGGCUGGAGGCGGGGCAGCUGCGGCUGGUGGAGGGCUUCCUCAGCCAGCUGCGUUACCAGGUGCAGGGCCAGCCCAAAGACGUGCUUUACUGGCUGGCCGAGCUGAGGGACCCCGACACCGCCGUGGUCCUGUCAGAGGAGCACCAGGACUACCGCUGGGCGGGGCUGGAGGAGGCCUGCUCCCUAGCGAGGUACAGAGAGAUGCAGGGCACCCUGAGAGACGCACAACGGUUCCUGCUUGCCGCCCAGGAACACUGACCCUGCUCAUCCCGCUCGAGCACUGCACAGAGAAGCAAACGGCUUCAUAAACCGUAAAAGAGUUAAAUAAAUGUUGAAAGAAAAUCUUGCUUUAAAAUUUGCAGAAAGGUCUUAUUUAACUCUGUACCGUUUGCAGUUCAGGUUUUCUUUCCCUCAUACAGAUUCAUUGUAACAGACAUUUAUACCAGGGGUACCCCACUGUACAUGCAACUGUUUUGGAAUGGAAUUAUUUUUAAAUAUCUGAACACAUUGGGCUAUAUUGUAAUCACCAGUAGGCCAUAAGAAAUGUGCUUGCACAUUUAGCAGGUUGUGGACUCUGCUUGGGUCCUGAUGGAGUAAUGAAUCCUAACAGGUAUGAGUGCAGCUACUGAGUCAUACUGAACAUGGCUGGAAUCAAUACAGUCCACUCCAAAGUCCAAUUUAUGAAUAUAUGUUGUAGUAUGUAUGUAUGUAGUAUGUUUCAGGUUAUUACAUUACAUUAUUGGCAUUUUGGCAGACGCUCUUAUCCAGAGUGACGUACAGUUGAUUAGACUAAGCAGGAGACAAUCCUCCUCUGGAGCAUUGCAGGGUUAAGGGCCCAACGGCUGUGCGGAUAUUAUUGUGGCUACACCGGGAUUAGAACCACCGACCAGUCAUUUACCUUAACUACUAUGCUACAGGCCGCCCAAGUUAAGUUUCCUUCCCUGAACUGAAAUUGACUGUAGUGGUCAUAGCGAAUGUACUAGCUUAAAUAGCGAUACUUACAGGUGGAAAUCAAUUACUCUUUUUAAUGCGGACACGGACACAAUGUUGUGGAUAAUGGUUGUGCUCUGAAAAUACUCUAUAAUCACCGGUGUGUCACUUUGGCAUCAGUUAUUUCCCCCGGAUACAUUUUCUAGCCAACUUCUGUGCCAUGUCUGUAAAUACACUCAUUAAAAAUUUGUAAUUAAAGUCUAA